AUGGCAUCCCAAAGCCCCAGCGACAACACGCCUGUACCUACACCGUUCACCAGCUUCCCGCAAGACCCAGCCGAAUUCGACAGCGACCCCCGAAUCUCCUUCUCGAAGCUGGACAACAAAUUCAUCCUGGAGACUGAGGACGGCCAGGAAUAUGUGUACGACUCGGUGUUAAAACGUUGGAUCCCAACGGUCGAUGAUGACUUGCUCCAACAACAGCAAGAAGCGUAUAAGAUCCAGGGCGUGGACGAGACGGAGCAGCUCACUGCGCAGCAGUUGAGGAAGAAGCGGAAGCAACAGGGCGGUGCAGAUGAGAAUAAUUCGCAGAAGCCAAAGAAACAGCGUGUCAACACCGCCGUGUAUGUAACGUCGAUUCCGCUGGAUGCUGAGUUCGAGGAGAUCCGGGACGUGUUUUCCAAGUGUGGUGUGAUUGCCGAGGAGAUCGACAGCGGCCGGCCCCGGAUAAAGAUGUACAUGGAUGAAGACGGCAAGUUCAAGGGCGAGGCGCUGGUCGUGUACUUCCGGCCGGAGUCGGUCAACCUGGCGAUACAGAUGUUGGACGACUCAGACUUCCGGUUAGGCGUGGCGGGGCCGCAGGGGCCGAUGAAGGUCCAGCUUGCCGAUUUCUCGUUCAAGAGCCAACAGGAGGCGCCGGCCAAGACGAGUAUGAGGGAUAAGAAGAAGAUCAUCCGGAGGACACAGAAACUCAAUAGCAAACUCGCGGAUUGGGAUGAUGAUGACCCGUCGAUGUUGCCGGAUACGAGCUCGAGGUUUGAGAAGGUCGUUAUACUCAAGCACAUGUUCACUCUGGAGGAGCUCGAGGAGGACCCGGCAGCGAUACUUGAUAUCAAACAAGACAUUCGAGAUGAAUGCUCUAAGCUCGGAGAAGUUACGAAUGUCGUUCUCUACGACAAAGAACCUGAUGGAGUGGCCAGUGUCCGAUUUGUCGACCCUGAGGCUGCCCGACAGUGUGUCCGAGUCAUGGACGGUCGAUUCUUCGCUGGCACACGCGUUGAAGCCUACGUUUCAGACGGGAAGGAGAAAUUCCGAAAGACCAACGAAAAGCGAGCCGCUCUUGAGGAUAUGGCCGAGAGGGGUCUGGAUGCGGAAGAUGAUGAGGAGAAUGAACGAUUGGAUGAGUUUGGGACUUGGCUGGAAAGCUCCCAUGUCGUGGAGAACCGUGCCAAAUAA